UCUCCACGCAGCCACACUCGGCUGUUGUCUCACCGCCCGGAUGCGUAAACAUCCCCAAAAGGGAAACUCACCCUUUGUGUCCAAACGGAGACGCAGAGCGCCGUGAUGACAGCGCGCGGUGCGUCCGUGCGUUCUGAUGGUUCUAAGUAACCGAUGCCGGUUUGAUUUUGACUUUACAGACCCGAGAGGCGUGUGGUCGGGAGCCGGGCGCACAUGCUCUGAGACUAAAAUGAGGAGGAAGAUGUGGAUAUUUCACAGUGCCAAUAACUAUUCGGAGCGCGUUUUCUUCGUGACUUGGAGCCGGUGGUGUUUGUGUUACUGCGCCGCAGUGGCGUGUCUGCUGUUGUCGCCUGUCAGGACGGAUGAUGUCUGCCUGUCGUCCUGCGUCUGUGCCAGAAACUCGGGGACGGUGACCUGCCGUGAGGGGGAGGACACGGAGGUCCCGGGAGACAUACCGGAGUGGACGUCCACGUUAGUAAUCACGGGGAGAAACAUCUCAACUUUACAGCGCGGCGCGUUCAUGACCAACGGCACGGACUUGGAAGUAACGACACUCUUACUGUCCUAUAACGGGAUACAGGUUAUUGAGCCUUACGCGUUCCUGGGGCUGCCCCGGUUGCAUUUGCUGGAUCUGAGCCACAAUCGGCUGGAGACUAUCUCAGCCAGAGCUUUCCACGGAUUACCUGAGCUGCGCUCUCUUUAUCUCAACGACUCAGUGUUACCUGUGGCCACGACGCAGCUGUCUGCUGCCCUCAGCACUCAAAGUUUGAGCAACCUGCACAGACUGGAGUUGGCGGGAAACAGACUGAUGUCUAUUCCCCUCAGGGCGUUAGAUAUCUAUAAUCUCCACGCGUUAGUGCUGGUAAAUAACUCCAUAGAGACCAUCGGGAGGGAAAAUAUAACAAAUCUGUACCAGCAAAAGCGCCUGAGGGUCUACUUGUCCUUGAACCCGUUUCGGUGCAGCUGUGGACUGGACGCGCUCUACUACUGGUUGAAGAACUCGUCCCAGUGCCCAGAUGCAAAGCAUCUCCUGUGCAGCGAGCCAGAGGCCAAGAGGGGGACUCCAGUGGAGAUGCUCCAAGGAGAGGACGUGGACUGUGGGACCGAGAACCUGGAGACAGUGUCUUACGUGUUCCUCGGCAUUGUGCUGGCUCUGAUCGGGGUGGUGUUCCUGAUGGUGCUCUAUCUCAACCGGGGAGGCAUCAAGCGGUGGCUCAACAACAUCAGAGAGGCGUGCAGGGACCAGAUGGAGGUGUAUCAUUACCGCUAUGAGCAGGACUCAGACCCGAGACUGGCCAACGUGGCUGUUUGAUGUGCAGUAACCUGAGGCCUAAGUACUGCACUCUGGAGGGGACAAAGUUGUCUUUAAGUGUUUUUUAAAAACCAGUUCAUUUUGAGCAGCUGGUCCAUGAACUGCAAGUGUCAUAUCUCUCUGUCUCUCUCUCUCUCUGGAACAAGAGCCAAAGACAGUUAAGAGCCCAUAACGUGUUCAUCUUGUACAAAUGAACACUUUAACCUUUAAGCAGUAUGUCCUUGUUGAAUGUUUGGAUAAACUUCAGGAACACACAAGUCAAUUAAGUUCAUUCUAACUAAAGUUGACAAGUUAUGUCAAAUUACACCUUCAACAAACUUAACUUUGUCCAAACUUAGUUAAUUUGUGUGUUACUUUUUUUUCAUUUUAAUCGUUUGUACAUAGAUGUAUUGUAUUGUAUUUAAUGCAUCAUGUUAACUCAGCAGCAGCUUAACUUAGAAUUAUUUAUCUUAUUUAUUAUAAGAGACAAAUAUAGAGUCCAUGUAUAUAUCUGAUAUGAAAAGAUGGAAUAAAUCAGUGGUAUUAUUAUUAUUAUUACGACAAACUGCAGCCCAUAUAAACAGUACAAUAGGCUUCAUUCAGGGAAAAUAAGUGUUUUUUUCUAUUGAUAAUCUUUACAGAGGUAGUGUAUACGGCAAAGAACAGAUUUUCAUCCCUGGAAAAGAGUUUGUUUUCUGUCAUUAAAGAGGACAAAAGAGGACGAGACAAACUCUGACCAUGCGUGUGAUUGUUGUAGACAUGACACCGACCAAAACAUUAAUAAAAGGU